ACGAGUUUGUACGAAGGCAGUUACCACUUUAACACUGAUCCCUAAAGAUUGCCCACGUUUAGGCAUGAGACAGCACGUAUUUGCACGUACGUCGGGUUGUGCCCGUAGCUUAAGGCCUUCUUCUAGUAGUAAUACAAUCGUAAAACAUCGUCUGCAAUUGCUGUACCUGGUAUGUAUGUAAGAGUAUGUUUGUUAAUUUUUUUCUCUAUUGUCUGUCAUUUGUUCAUUCGGUGGAAACAUUCCAGAACUAUGCAUUAUCUUGCCUAGCUGCUGCCAGUAAAAAACAAAAGAAGAGAGAAGCAAAAACAAAUACAUGUACAAUGAAACAUACAUCCAAGUGAUUCAACAUAUUGUUGACAUUUCUGUACUCUCAAAGCUGCUGUGUUCUUAGAUAUUCAAUAAUGAAACGAACAAAGGUGCAUGAGUAGAAAUGAGAAAAAGAAAAUGUCACAUCUUGGCAAAUUAAUGAACAUGUGUAUGGUAGUUUCUGAAAACGAAGACAUUCUGUGAUGUACAUACUUUUAAGUAAAAAAUCAUGGUAUAAAAUUGUUAGAUUUUUAUGGUUUUAUAUAUUGAUUGAGUGUGAGUGAGUGAGUGAGUGAGUGAGUGAUACUACUGAACUACCCAACAGGAUAUAUAUAUAUAUUCCAUCUGGUCAACUAGAUCACAAUGUUUUGAAUCUGAUUCCCAUUUCUGUAUAUUUGCAUAGGGUAAGAUAUUAAGGAAUGUUCAAUAAACACAUGGCCUGAAAGAAUUGUAGUCAUUGUGGUCACUACUUUUCAGUCAAAUUCCCUUGGAAAAUCAGCAGGUAAGUGACAAUAUGUUGGAUGAACUGUGAUCAAAGCUGCUGUGUGGGUCAAAUCUACGUUCAAAAUGUUCAAUGAGGACUCUCUUCGUAUUUCAACUACUACAAAGAAGUGGGUAUCUGAUUUUCAGCAGAGUUUAAGUUGGUUGCAAGCCAGUUUUACUUAUCUCUCACCUAAUCUUACUGAUUGUCAAAGGGUUGCCACCUGCACAAAAAUAUUACAAUGAUUUGAAUUACGGUAGACAUUUACAAAAGGCUCUAACCUAUGUCCUGAAGUUUGAGUUGUGCACCUUAUGUCUGGGUGAGGGAACAAAGUUAUUGAUAACUCCUUGAAUCUAAAGAAAUUAUAAGCACAAUGUUGUACUUAAUAUGCAAUUGUUGAGACUAUAUUAAAAAAGUAUUAUUUUUCGCUUUACAUCUGUGUGUAGUGUAGUGUAGUGUAGCAUUCAUGUAUUGUAAUAUGAAGACAUGUGAAACGUGUAUUAGCUUGGCCUUUGGAGCUGUUGACUCUUGAACUGAACGAUAAAAAGACCCAAACCACUCUUCCCAAACACUCCAAAGGUUUCUUCAGCUGCUGGUCAAAGGUGUUGGUGAGUGUUAGAAAAGGUCAACAACUUGAUAGCUGCAAGGAUAGAAAAUUUUUCCCUAUUUCUAAUGCUUGUAUACGAUGAUACACAAGUUUUUAUUCUCACAGCAUCAAAUCCCAGAUCCAAAGGACUAUGGAUAUCAUUUUAAGUGUUCGAAAAAUUAUUUUUUUGCAAUGUAUAGAGUUUCUUUUUUGAAGGAAUUGGUUUCAUCAGGAAUAUUGAUUGGUAUAUAGUGAUGUGGUUUGUACCUGUUCAAACCAGUUUGGUUGCUUCGGUCCAUUUUUUUGGCAAACUCUGUGAGUUCGAUAUCUUUUCCAAGAUCAGUUGUUGACUGUUAAGGAUUUAGUUUCUAUCCAAUGACCUUCAAACACAGAUAUACAUUCAAACAGUUCAAAUAAUGACAAUACUUCCAAAUUUAUAAAAAUCUAAAAUCAUGUAGCUUUUACAAUGUUGACAAGGUCAGGAAAGUAUUUGGCAUUGGAUACGGAUAAUUAAAUGCACUUGAGUGUUUCAUACGACAUGACUCACGGGGAAAAUCAUCAAUACACGCAAAUUAACAAAAUAUGAUAUCUUACAUUGAAUGCAGAAGAAUUUUUGACAUGUUACAACUGACAAAGAGUCUUGGUGAGUUUAUCGAUCCCUGGUCAGUUGUAGAGGCCUCAGCAGUGUUGGUCACACCCCGUGGGUCCUGGGUUAAACCACUAGAAGAGCUCACUGUUUAUUCAGACCUCACUUAACUCUCCAAAUCCACAGGUUUUACCCCGGAGCAGAUCCUGUCUUUAGUUCUUAAGCAGAACUGCCAACUCACCUCCUUCACUCGCCAUUUUGCACUGUAAAAACAGGACCGCCGCAGAGCCGCUUACAUUUUGGUGGUUAUAUGGUUGAGUUUCCUUCCAGCCAUUCUUUAAACCAUCAACAUCGCGAAACGUACACAGUAACGAUUUCUCCUUCACUGAGCCAGACUUGACUCGAUAGUGCCUAUAUACAGUCUUGGAAUUGACUUUUACUUUCGUGGCUGUUACACGUCUGGGAGGCUGAACCUGCCCCCGUCUUCAAGAUGAAGAUGAUUUCUUCUUACGGAUGGGAGAAGAAGAACGACAUACCGUCAGUUACAAGAGCGGCCUACCAGUCGCCAGGCAUUGCCCUGACCCGGAUCAUCGGCCGCAGGAUGAUCCGUGUCGUUGCCGUUGUGCUGUUCGUGGGAAUCUUUGUCACGGUCCUGAAUGUGUACGAGCUGCGCGGCAUGCAGGACAGCCGCAGGGACCUGCACCGGGAGUCGUCAGUGGGAGUCAAACAAGAAAAGGGGAUUGAGGACGAUCCAAUUCAACUUGUCCGUGAAAAACGGGACCUUCACUAUCAGGGCGAGGAUCAAAUGGAAAAUGUCGACAGGAAACCCACAGACAACAGCGCUCCUCGCAAUAACAUCGGAAUGGCUGACAAGGGAGCCGUUGCCGUAGCUGCUGAGGAUUCCUUACAAGAAACAAAUGAGGUAUGAGACGUCUAGAUGGAGUGGAUUACCAUCGAAUGUGUUGUAGCCAUAGAUUGUUGUUCAGAAAAAUAUAUGUAUGGUAAGAAAAAGUGGUUGAGCUGCAAUUUUGCAAAGUAACCUAGAUUUUGGUAACAAUUCAUACUCAGGAAUUACAAAACAUCUGCCCGCAACAAAGGCAAAGACAUGAAGCAAAGAGCCGCGUCUAUCAAAUUUUCUAUAAAAAUGUACACUGAAACCGGUAGCAUUGUUGUCGGUCUGCUGUUUGUUUGUCUCGGUGUG